AUGGAUAUCUUCAGCCCUUCCAACAAUGUGACUGAAUUUGUCCUCCUGGGACUGACACAGAAUCCACACGUGCAGAAAAUACUCUUCAUUGUCUUUCUGCUCAUUUUUUUAUUCACUGUUCUGUCCAACCUGCUCAUUGUCAUCACCAUCUCCCUCAGCCCCACGCUUUCUGCUCCCAUGUAUUUCUUUCUCACCUACUUGGCUUUAUUAGAUGCCUCCUUCACCUCAGUCACCACGCCUAAAUUGAUCAUUGACCUGCUGUUCCAGAGGAGAACCAUCUCCUGGCGAGGCUGCCUGACUCAGAUCUUUUUGGAGCACUUCCUGGCAGCAUCAGAGGUCAUCGUCCUCACUGUCAUGGCCUAUGACCGCUAUGUGGCCAUCUGCAAGCCUCUGCACUACACGACCAUCAUGCGACAGGGGCUCUGCCGGCUCCUGGUGGUGGUGGCCUGGAUCGGGGGGAUCCUGCAUGCCUCAGUUCAGAUUCUCUUCACCACGGACUUGACCUUCUGUGGUCGCAAUGUCAUUGACCACUUCAGGUGUGAUUUCUUCUCACUGUUGGAACUCGCCUGCAGCGACACCUACAGGCUGGGAAUGGUGGUGGCAGCCAACAGUGGGGGCAUGUGCUUGCUCAUUUUUUCAAUGCUGCUCAUUUCCUACAUAGUUAUCCUGAGCUCCCUGAAAACCCACGGCUCUGAAGGACGACGCAGAGCCCUCUCUACAUGCGGCGCCCACUUUACAGUAGUGGUGCUCUUUUUCGUGCCUUGUGUGUUCACCUACACACGUCCUGUGGCCACUUACCCUGUGGACAAGUGGGUGGCUGUGUUCUUUGCAAUCCUCACUCCCAUGUUAAAUCCUAUUAUUUACACAGUGAGAAACACAGAGGUGAAAAAAGCCACGAGGAGUCUGAUGAAGAAGAGAGCAGCUUAGGCUAUUCAGGAUACCAAGAAAGUGAUGAUUUAUAUACAUAUACAGGGAGGAUUAUACAUGCUGUAAAUUGUGAAAGUAA